UUGAAGGUUAGAAAAAAAAGUCAAAGAAAAAAGCCAACAGAAAAAUAUGAAGAUAAAGAGAAACAGGUAAAAUAAAGUAUUUUGAUGUUCACUGCUAAGAUUUUAUUCAAAUACUAUUUUAACUUUUAUUUCAAUUCAAAGUGGACAGACUGCAAAUUAUAGUAGUUGCUAAAAAAUAUAUAUCUGCUUGUCGCAACUGUUCAUCAGUAGGAUGCCUAAAGUGCGUGCAAUUCCACAAUUGGUUUUGGCUCCAUUAAAUCCUACACCAAUAAUUACAGAACGUUUUAGGAGGAGCCACCCACCAUGUGAGCACAGUAACGGACAACAUGUAUAAGUGAGGAAAAUAAUGCAAAGUAAAAUUAUUAAAGACGUUAAUUAACGAACUAAAUGUACACGUCAAUGAAAUAAAUAAACUAAUAAUGCGUGCGCAAAUUGUCACUGAAAAACCCUAUAAUAAGAGAUGUCAAUAAAGUACCGUAAAAUUCCGAAAAUAAGCCCCAGGGCUUAUAUUUUUCAAAAGCCCUCUUUGAGGGGCUUAUAUUCAGAGGGGCUUAUCUAUGGAAGGAAAUUUGCAUUUCAAAAUUGAUUGGGCUAGCCUUAUAGUUGGGAGUAAAUUUAACAUUUUUGCUUUGUUUUACUUUGUAUUUGAGGGCAAUUUUCCAAGUACAAGUCCCCGGGGGGCUUAUAUUUGGAGGGGUGAUUUAACGGAGGGUUUUUUGCGUUACCAGAUUGGGGGGCGUAUAUUUGGAGGGGCUUAUGCAUGGAGGGGCUUAUUUUCGGAAUUUUACGGUAUUUUAUUUUGAAUUGUAAUCAAAUGGUAAUCAUGCAUACCUGUAGGCUAGCCGCUGCGAGUAUUGUAAAACUAAUAAUCUGCUCUCAGUCGAGAAUAGAAUUGUCUGAAUUUUUAUUUGAAUUUCUUCAUUUGUCUCAACUAAUUUCCAUUUUAUCUCACUACAGUCCAGGAAAAUAAUAAAAUUAGGUGACAUUUAUUAAAAUCACUUCAAUGUUAUAUCUACAUGUACGUGUUCCUGGUCUUUUUUAUUUUCUUUCUUUCUUUGUUUGGUUUUAAAGUGUGAAGAACAGGUAGCGUCUUGUCAAAAAGAACUUCAUGAAUUUCGGCUUACAAGUUGCAGAAAGGUAUAUAAUUGUGUUGUUUCCUUAAUAUUACCUACAGCAGCCUACAGUUUUACAGCGCUUUCGCUGAGGUCAAUCAUUUCACUCCCCGAAUGUUCCUUUCACCUGCAGUGGAUUUCGCUACUUUUCUUCCCAGCUCUCAUUUUCCUCUGGAUGUUUUUGUGGUAAAUAUCUGCACAUUUCUCCACUGAGGUUUUCAGUGUGAUGGUGCCUGCUGGGUGGAGCUUACAAGGUUGUCACGUCUGCCGUCACUUCUGCCUUCCAGGCUCAAUUACAGCUCCCUUCACACUUUCACUAGGUACCUUUCCCACACCCAUCUAUUGUCAAAAGGGUUAAUAUUGAUUAAUUUUUUUACUCAGGCAAUGGCUGAAGAAAAGAAGAGAUAUUGUCUUGUGUUGGAUAGAACAAGUAUAGUUGCUAAGAGUACUAUGGAAUUCUGCGAACAUGUAAGUAUUUCUUGUUUGAAGUGUGGAGGCACGCAGUCAGUCUUGCCACACUAGAACAUUUUGAUAUUAAGCACUUGCACUGUAUGUUCUUUACUGCCAAUUAUAAUUUUUGUAGCCUCAGUAUGUCAACAAUGGUAGAAUAUGGAAUCAAUUAAACAUUUGUAAUGUUGUGAACUGGACUAUAUUCUGCUUAUUAUGAAAUACUUAUUAAGAUGGAAUCCAUCAGGAAAAUGAGUAAUUUUAAUUUCGAGUGGACAAAAACCUUGUAACAGAAUAUUUUAAGCCAUAUCACAAAUCUUUUUUACACUUUUCAAAGACUUUAUAAAUGUAGUUAUCAGUUUUUUUAGUUCAGAUUUCAUAGGAAUUGAGAAAACACAGGUAAAAUUGUCAUGCAUAAGAUUUCAUUUACAUGUAUUUGUGACGCUUUUGAAGUUUGUUUUCUCGGGCUCCCAUAAGAACCUUAUCUUUGGAGUUAUUUCUUAUAACUUGUUACAUUAAUUUUAUAGCCUGCAAAAGGUGUAAAAAAGAAUGCAAUAUGCUUGAAAUUAGCACAAGGUUUUUGUCCACUGAAAAUUAAAACUACUCAAUUUCCUAACGUAUUCCAUCUUAUUUUGUAAUUUACUACAGUAAUUUAAUAUUAUUUUUAAUGAAUAAUAAUUUUUCAGAAUUCCCAGAUACUAAGGGAAAAAGUUCCUAUGUGGUUCUCUCAUGUUAAAAGGAAAGGUGACUCAGCUGAUUUCCAGGUAAACAUCUGCGUUGAGAUUCCAAACAAUUGCAUUGCGAUAUUGGAAUAUGAACAUACUGUACAUGUAUGUAUAUGAAAUCAUUAUGCUCUGAAAGUCAAAAUAAUAAAGCCAAUACCGGAUCAGAAUGUCACUAAAGCCUGGUUUUCACUAGUGCAUAAGCAUAAGCAUAGGGUCAUACCUACAUUUGACUCAAUUCUUGAUACCAGCUCUCCUCAACCCAAUGGUUAACAAGAUGGCGGAUGCUUUGUCUGGCAUAUUGCUUUUGAUAUGUUCGAAUAAGGUCUGGGUCAAAGUGGCCUAGGAUUGGCCCACGGCCUUGUGCUUAUGCUUGUGCUUAUGUUGACCCUGUUUUCACAAGUCAAGCUAUGACAUCAGCAUAACCAGAAGCACAAGAAGAAUAAACCUGUCCAUUUUUCUUGUGCUUAUGCUUAUAAUGCACUAGUGAAAACCAGGCUUAAGAUUUCAAGUUGCAGGGUAAAUACAACACUUGGGUGGGUAAUCAAACAGCUACGGGUUUCUUUUGGUUCUAUUUUUCUUCUAUUUUGCUAUGAAAGUAGCCGGGGGCCACAUUUGUGGUAUCUGGGGGGAAACCCUGGCCUCUGGCUCUUAUAAGGUGUCUUCUCUAUGAUGUGCUGCAAAGUGAAGCUUUGCCCUGUAUGAAUGCGAGUUGAAUUACUGCUUUGAUUUCAUUUUUAGAUUAAUGGAUCUGUCAUGAAUGCAGAGAUGGAAAAUUUGGGGAGAAGUAACAAGUAUGUGUAGUCAAGUUCAACUUUGUUUUAAAUCAGUCUAACUGGUGUUUGAGUAAUGCAUUAUGAAAUCUUUAAUUUUUUCUAUUGGUUCUUAGGGUUUUCGCAAUACACAUGCACUUUAAAAUGAUAUACUUUAACCUGGAGUUAUGUGUUAAAUUAUUUUUUUUCAAAUGUUUAUGGCAGCCUCAUAUUUUCAAUUUCCUAAAUGUGCAUUUAUAGUCAAACCUCCAUUUGUGAUCACUUCUCAGAAGUGACCACCUUCCAUAAGAGACUACGUAUCCAAAACACCAAAAUUUUUCUAGUCAGAGUCAUAGAACUUCAAUCAAUAUACAAAUUAUUUUAGGUGACAACAUGCAACUACAUAUAUACUUAACUGAAUGCAAUAAAUGCUCUGCGAGAAAGUAGACUGGAUCAGGACCUCAGCUCCUCUUGGAAGGACGGCCCCUGUGGUUUGAUUCUCCUAAAUGACAACCAUCCAUAAGCAACCACUAAAUCUUUGCAUUUGUGUUGUAGCUUAUGUGUUGUUCAACUGUAUUAAAUUUACAGGGUAGAACUGAGAGCAAAGUUUAUCCACACUGCUGUAGAACCAUCACAACUUAGUUUUAAAGAGGUAAGUAAAACUGUUGCAACAGCUGUGUGUUGAUAGUUAGGUGGUAGUGUCUUUGAUUAGUAAAAAUUCUUGCAAAAAUAUGAUGUAGUAGCUUUAUUACUUAAAAAAAAGGCCAAGGUAAAGGCUUUGUUUAUAAGUAGAAGUAUAUUUAUUGUUUCAUCAGCAAGUUCACAGCAAACCACUUAAGUGAUGAAAAAAAAUAAUCAAAAUGAAAUGUAACAAGGUUUAAAACCCUAACUGAUGUGGCCAAAGAUUGAAACAAAUAAAUCCAGCUUAAGGCUAGAGUGGGACUUGAACCCAGUAUGGGGCUCCAGAUUGUGCAAUGUGCCCAUCAUACCACCCUGUAAAGAAUCUACUGACAAUGUUCCGCAUAAUUCUUUAUCAUUGAAAUUAGAUGUGAAGAUACUAUUUUUAUACUGAAAUAUUACAGUGAUGCACACACGUGCAUGAGUGCUGAUGUCCCUGUUUAGAAGUACAGGUGAACCUCCAGACAACUUUGAUAAGUGGACACUUAUUCAUGGUCCCAGUGAGUUAAACACUGAAUUUUUAACCAAGUCAAGUCCAGUGUCAGAGAGUGACAUAAAAACACUGCCUUUCAAACAACCUCAAGUCCACAGAACUUCAGGAUAUAAAAGGUUGUACUAUAUCUACUAUAUAAUUAUACUGUAUAUCUUAUCACACAGGGUGAUCUGAUACAUCCCAUCAGUGAAGUUGUGUCGGGUUGGCAGUAUGGAGAGAACUUGAAAACUAGCAAGUACGUAAUGAUUUCAGUGUUUUGCUAGCCCUUAAACUGUACUCCGACAACUCCCUCACUGACUCAGAUGUGAUUCAAGAUAAGAUGUUGUAUACUAAUAGUCUUGCUAUUAAACCGGCUCUGGAACAACAAAGUCAUUUUCAAUAUAAUCUGAUGUACUGUUCAUUCAAGGAAGAAAUUCAAAAGAGCUAGCUGUUUAUGUACUUAUAUCACUGGCCAUGGGAGACAUAAGAUAUCAAAAUAACCACUUAAAACUGUAGAACACCAAAGAAAUACCAACACUAAGCAGAUAUGGAGCGUGGACGAGCAAAAUCACGGUGAAGGGUAAAGAGAAUAAUGAUAUUAUUCUGUUACCUACUACUCGGCCCCCGGAGAGCCCAGACCCCCCUCCCCCCUCCCCCUCCUUUCUCUCUCUUUCCCGCUUCAGUGGGAACAAGGUUGUGUGAAAAUCAUUUCUACUAUCGUCAUGUUGUUUAUCAGAUCUGGUUGGUUUCCUGCUGCUUACACUGAACAGGUCAUUGCUGUUUCAACUGGGUGAGUUUUCAGCAUCAUGCACGUGGAUUUUGGAAAGGCUUAGUUAAAUCUUUGGUUCAAAACAGCUUGGAUUUAUUCAUGUAUUUGUCAAAAGACCCUUCCCUGUAUAUUCCAUUGAACAAAGGCGCCAAAAAUUAAUACCUUCGUUGAGAAAAUUCAGUGAUUUGUAUUGGGAGAGAGGCCACUUCGUGUAAUUAUGUGUGCUAUAACUGGACUGGUAAAUGGAGAAAGGCUAUUCAAUCAAAGAACAUUACAGUAGUUUCGUUAUGAUGUUAGCGCUUUAUUUUUGAGGAAAUUAGGGCCUUGAAUUUUGGCCGGCAAUAGUCACUGUGAACCGCUUUGGCACAGUUAUGGCAAUGGAAACGAAACUUCAAGAGGCAGCUCUUUACAAAGAGAAUGGCAAAAGUUUUCUUCAGUUGCCUUCAAUUUUAUACAUACUUGAUAUUUUGACAAUAAAAUUGCAAUUUUUGCAGAUAAAAAGUGUUUUUUGCGUCUUCUUUCCCACAGUCCUACAGUAAGUCACACUCUUCCAGCUGGCGGAGUUCACCCUCGCCCUCCACUAGAGACCAGCAUAAGCCAUAAGUCACUGAAGCGUUAUUCUAGUACGGGACCUGAUACUCUGCACCUACCUCCACCAGACUACGCUGAUGUGGAUAGCAAAGCUGAAAAUGAGCAGACAUCGUCUUCAGAUACUCCAGAGAUAUCAGGUCAGUAACUCCAAGGUGCAGUGAAUCAGGGGCUAGGUCACGUGCUGUUUUAGGUCCAACCCUACUGAACACAACUGCUCAGUACAUCAGUAAUGCAGCUCAGAAAAAAAAACAAAAAAGAGAAAGACACUUCACACUCUUACUGAACUGCUCAUACGAUGCUAUGUCAACGUAGUUAACGGAAUGAAGUUGUUGGGGACCUGGACCCAUCGCCUGUAUACGACACUUUACAAUAGUAACGUGUUGGGAGAUCACAUGAACGAUAAGCUAGAUCAAACCAAAAGAAAGAAUUAAAAAAUAAACGUUGAAAAACUUGAAAAGCCCAUACUCUUGCAGUGCGGAUUCUGUAGUUUUUAUCAGUACUGCUGUUAUUCGUAUCCUUUGGAAUGUUCGGGCUAAAACACGGACAAGAGAAAAAAAUGUAUUGCAGAAAUCUAAAAUAGGGAAAUUGCUUCAGCACGUAGGGGAGGGAUGUAUUGCAGUGUUUUGUAGAUGGUAUGGUAGUAUAAUGAUUCUUUCUUGAUUCCUGUUUUGUUACUUAUCCACUUAACUGAUUUGCCUUUCAUAGAUAACCAGCCGAGUACACUAACAGUAACGAUCUCGCCUACAGGUUUGAAUGGAAACAAAACAUCGCCAGUUCCACCACCGCCCCCUCCCGCACCCCCUCCUACUGUCACGCUCCCAGAAGAGAACGACGACCGGGAAAAAAGGUGA